UAAUCCUAAUGGCCGGAUAAUUACCCUCUUCCCUUUUAAAUUUUUCGUUGACAAUUUCCGACCCGGUCGUUUCGGGUUUGAAAAAGUUCGCGACCGCACGCGAAGGUACGUGGAAAUCGUCGCGUUUUCUGGAAAUCGUAGUCGAAAACAGAAAUGUCGGCUAGAUUGGCGGUACUGGUCUUAUCAGUGGCGUUCUGCGGGGCCCUGGUUCCUAAACCCAGGAACCCGGAUAAUCAAAAUCUGACCAAGAACAUUAUCCCGGAAGAUUACAUCAGAGAAAUUCGUCCACCCACUUUAAGAGGCGAGCCCAUUUUUGUCAAUAGAGUUGUCGACAUUAACUCCAUAAACGUGGAAGACAUGGACUUUAGAAUGGACAUGUUUUUGAAACAACAAUGGACGGACGCCCGCAUAAGGAUCCCGGAAGAGAUGUUUGAGUACGGUGACGACUCGGUCACGUUUCCGUCUCAGUUCUUCGACAGCCUCUGGCAGCCAGACCUCUAUUUCCUCAACUCUAAAGUAGUAGAAAUUGCGACGCUGACGCACAAAUUUUCCUCCGUCACCCUCUACCGGAACAAAACGAUUAGGUAUUCCGCUAGGAUGCACGCCAUAGUGGCUUGCCAGAUGGAGUUCCAGCACUACCCGAUGGACACCCAGAUCUGUCCCAUCAGCGUGGAAAGUUUCUCCUACAGCAAUCGGAAGAUGAUCCUCAGGUGGUCCGGGGCAGGGGUGACGAUCAGUCCCGAGCUGAAGCUUCUGCAGUACAACAUUUUGCCCCUCCACCUCCAAGAAACGCAUUCCUAUACCAGUGAAAAGAAUGGUAACUUCUCGAGAUUGGUGGUCUACUUCCGAUUCGAGCGCCAAAUAGGUCACCAUCUGAUCCAGACGUUUGCGCCGUCGACUCUAGUCGUCGUGCUGUCCUGGUUUAGCUUUUGGUUGGACCUGGAUGCGAUUCCGGCCAGAGUGACGCUCCUAGUGACGUGUUUGUUAACCCUGGUAACCAUGUUCACCGGCCUGAGGUCGGAUAUUCCAGCCGUCGCCUAUGUCAAGGCCCUCGAUCUGUGGAUGGCUGGAUGCAUGGUCUCAGUGUUCGCUACCCUCGGAGAGUUCGUCAUCGUCAAGGUUCUGCGUGGGAAGUAUCUACAGCUCAAGGAAAAGGAAACCCAACUGGCAAUGAAAACGGCAGUUACGCCAUGGACCGGAGCUGAUGGAAAAAGCAAGAGCAAUAUGGUCGGGUACCCAAGAGUCGGCAAGAAAGGGUUGAUAACGGUCUAUUGGAAAACUAGGCAGGGAAAAGAGAAAAUUAUGUGGAAGGAGAUCGACAGGGUGUCGAGGAUAAUUUUCCCGUCUUUAUUUUUCAUGUUUUCGGCCAUGUACUGGUCCAUAUUGAUAACGGGCAGCAGAGACAUAGGCGAAAAUUAA